AUGAAGGCUUGCAGGACAGCUACGCGCCACGCCCGCGCGUCUCUCACAGCUCAGAGAUGCGCCGCUGUAGCUCGUCGCCAUGCCAGCUCCGGUCCCCGCCGACCUGGCGAGAAGUCGGGCUUCGGAAAGGCCACUGCCUUGCUCCUCACAGCGGGAACCGCGGGUGGUUUGUACUACGCCGACGAUUACUUCAACGGGCCCUUGAAGCAGUUCUUCAGCCCCAAUGAGGACAAGGAAGCCGAGCCCCGCAAGACAAAGUACCAAAAGGCCGAGAUCGAGUUCGAGAAGGCAAGAAAGGAGGCACUAUCAAAGGAGGAGAACCGCGAUCUCAUUAGCUCUCAGCAUCUUCAGGUCAAGCAGAGCUGGGAGAACCCCGGCGUCUACGCUUGGGGCUCCAACGUGGGCAAGGUGGUCGACCCGCAAUCCAAGGAAACCGUCGUCAAACAGCCGAGGAGGAUCAAGUAUUUUGACGGGAAGCUCUUAAGGGACAUCAAGCUGUGCCAGGACUUCGGCGCCGCCGUCACCGAGGAGGGCAAUCUCGUGCAAUGGGGCCUGGGCUUCUCGAACACCGACCCCUCGCCGGUUGAGACGCUCAAGGGCAAGGACAUUUCCAAGAUUGCCAUCUCCAACGAUCGAAUCAUCGCCCUUUCAUCCAGCGGAUCGGUAUACUCGGUCCCAGCGUCGCGCAGCGGUCUGACCCCCGGAUCAAAGUCGCUGCGACAGCCGCAGCAAUCGUCGUCGUCCUGGAUCCCCUUUUGGAGCUCGGGCGGCUCAGAGUCCGUCAAGGUCAGAGACCUGACGCCUAAGAACCUAGGCUGGGGCGAGAAGAUCACCGACAUCAGCAGCGGCCUGCAGCACAGCUUACUGCUGUCGUCAAAGGGACGAGUCUUCUCAGCCGCCGCCAGCACAGCCGAGUUCCCUUCCAAGGGCCAGAUGGGCAUCCCAGGCCUGAGCUGGACCUCGCGCCCGGAGGGGCCUUACGACCAGCCGCAUGAGAUCACCGGCCUCUCGGGCUUCAACGUCGCCAAGAUCGCCGCCGGCGACUUCCACUCCGUUGCCCUGACCAAGGAUGGCAAGCUCUUCACUUUUGGCGACAACACGUACGGCCAACUUGGACUGCCGGCGGAGUCGACCUACCAGAACGUCGACGCGCCGUCUCUCCUGCCCACGGGCAAGCUCUACGCAAACACUGGACUCAUCCCGAAGAUCACAUCCAUCGCCGCCGGAGGAAACAAUACCUUCUUCACCGUGGACGCAACGGAGAAGGGCAACGAGACCGUCAGCAAGGACCUCGCGCCGGCCCGCCGCAUGCCAAGGGUCACGGCGGACUUCUGGGCGUGCGGCCAGGGCGUCUACGGCACUCUCGGCACGGGCAAGUGGACGCACAUCACGCCCGGGCCUGUCAAGGUCAAGGCGCUCUCCUCGCUCUUCGAGUUCGACGAGAGGAAUAACAUGAUGGCGCCGAUCCGGUUGUCCAACAUCAGUGUGGGGAGCACGCACGCGUCAGCGACGAUGGACAACGUCACGCGGACUGGCGCCACGACGCGCAGCUCCGCCAACGAUACCAACUGGGGCUCCGACGUGCUUUUCUGGGGCGGCAACGAGCACUACCAGCUCGGCACGGGCAAGCGCUCCAACCUGAACACGCCGAGCUACAUUGGCGUGCUGGACGGGGGAGUGGGCGAUGCGCUCGUGGGCCGGACGGGUGAGGUGCACCGGUUCCAGCUCACGCCCCGACAGACGGUCCGACUCGGCAAGGACGGCAAGGGUAGGAAGGUCACUCUGGAGCAAAAGGUCGAGUGCGGGCGAUUCGUGACGGCUGCCUACUCGGCGGUGUAA